GUCGCCGCCCUCGUCCGUUAUAUAUCUAGAUUGGUACCAGCCUACAUGCUGCAAAUAACUCCCACUCGGUCUGUGCACGUGAAACAAGCAGGAGCCUUUUGUUUGUUUGCUUGUAGAUCAGCUUUCGCCUCGGACUUUUUCAUAGAAUAUUUUCUUCCCAUCUUUUCUCUCCCUUUGCGUCUUUGCGGAAGUUCCAGAGAGACCACAUACCCACAUAUAUCCCAUGCCCCCUACCAGAGAACGAAGAUGGUGGACGACCCAGGAAGAUGACACACUAAAAAAAGAGGUGCAGGUGAAGAUGCGCCAAGACGGCAGCGUCCAAAGCUGGAACGACAUCGCCAUGUCAUUACCGGGCCGCACGAACAAGGAUUGCCGCAAGCGGUGGGCCAAGAUCCAAGUCGACAUCCGAAAAGGUGCUUGGACGCAAGAAGAAGACGAGAGGUUGCACAAGGCCGUACUGCAAUUCGGGUCCAAAUGGUCUCAAGUAGGCGCCAUGGUCCAAAGUAGGAAUGCCGACCAAUGCGCGAAGCGGUGGCAGCACGUCUUGGGACCCAACGUCAAGCACUGCUCCUGGACUCCCGAGGAGGACAGCAAGUUGCUGCACGCUAUGACCAAGUUCGGGAACAACUGGAAGCAGAUUGGUCUUACCGAGCUGCCGGAUCGUUCCACCCACGAUCUACGCAACAGGAGUCUCAUUCUCGGCCGCAGAAGUCGGCAUGCGCAAGCCAAGGACCCAAAUUCCUCUCCACAGUCAUUUCCCUACGCCAUUGACGAGGAGAUGGCCAAAAACGGCCCUGACGGUGACGACGAAGGGGAGGAGAAUUGCAACGGUGACGGCGACAACUCGCUUGAUGGAGGUUCCGAGUCUGAGUUGACCGACUCGAGUGGGAAACAAAAGCACCAGUUCUUGAUGGACAUGGAUCUCCUGGCCGAAGAACCAGUCAAGGCAGCAGAACUCGGGGCCGGGCGCACCAUCGUGGCAAACUACCAGCACUCACACACAUCCCGGGUAGUGCCCGCUCUGGAUCUGCAAGGUAAUAUUAUUAGUACUUUGAAAAUGUUCGACCCGAGCCGUAUAGACACCCCAGAUCAUUCUUCGGCAAACUCGGUGUCGCCAACCCCGGACAGCGAUUGGAUUUCCUGGCCCAAUUCGCUCGACGCCGACACCUCGGUUUGGCCGGAAUCGGGGCCCUCGUGGUGGGACGAAGGUCCCGCCGGUCAAAAUUGCCUUCACGACUUCGGCUACGGGAGUUCUGACUUCAACAUGGCUGGAAUUUCGGAUGGCAAUCAUAGCCCGGGGGCUAGGAAUCGUGUCAAAGCCCUGACUUCUCCGAGGGCUUCUCCCAGGCCAGGGACCCGCGCCGAGAAGCCGCGGAGGGACAGCGGGCCGAUGGGUCUUGUUACUUUGUCUCUGGACCAGGUAGACCCGAUAAUCGCCAACGAGAUAAUAGGAAGCGUCUUGAAGCACAGUGCUGGCCUCAAGAUCAACUGCAUCAUCAAUAAUCACUGAAGAAUCUCAGAAGCAAUGUGUAUACUUAUGUAAUAAGCUCGCAUAUGCGAUCAUGGUCGAGAAACAAAGAGCCCAUGACAACUGCUUAUCAUGAUGAUGAUGAUAUAUUUAACGUCCAGAGUGAAUAGGGACAGGCCAGGCGAUGCCGACAUGGUCUGUACUAAUGUAAACUAUUUUAUAGGCCCCAGUCUUUACCUAACGUCCCUGUUUAAUGUCUAGUAAAUUGGGUAGAU